GCUCGAUAUCAAUCAUGGUUUUUGAAAACACGGAUAAGUACUAAUGAUCUAAUAAUAAUAUUGUAUACGCGAUAAACAAAUAUUUAAUUACAUUGCAUAUACAACUUAUCAUUUUAUACACUCAAAACUGGUGAUUUUAAGUAAAUCUGUUAUCAUAUUUUUGUUUGUAGUACGCCACACGCGAGUUCACUCGCAUAGAGAAGACGUUGAUCAACAAGAUGGCACUAACGACAUCUCUGCUGCUAGACACCGCCAUAUUGCUCACAAUCAUAAUCUUCCUUCUGUACAAAUUCUAUACAAGGAACAACAACUUCUUCAAGAAACGGGCAGUCAAACAUAUUCCUCCUACACCUUUCCUAGGCAACUUUGUGGAAGUGCUGUUCCUGAACAAACAUUCAGCAGUAUGGAUAAAAGACUUGUACGACAAGUUCGGCGACGUGCCAUAUUUUGGAGUAUAUAUAUUCGAUGUACCAUAUCUGGUGAUCAAAUCCCCAGAGAUAAUUAAGAACAUUGUUGUGAAGGAUUUCCAGCAUUUCGUUGACAGAACGAUGGCAUCAGCUAGACAUGAUGCGGUUCAAACCAACAUGAUGUUUUUUCAGAAAGGCGAAGAAUGGAAAGCAACGAGGUCAAAAAUGUCUCCAGUAUUCACAUCUGGAAAACUCAAAGCUAUGUGUCCAAUGUUAGUUGCCAAUAGUUUUAGACUUGUCGAAUACAUUAAAAGUCGUCAUCAGAAAAUAGAUUUAGAAGAUAUGAGUUCCAAGUAUGUUGCUGAAGGCAUUUUUAGGGUAUUCUUUGGAAUGGAGGCACACCUUAUGGACGAAACAAAUAAAGAAUUCGCUGAACUACUGAUCAAAACCCAACACCCUUCUUUGAAGAUCGCAAUAAGCAUAUUUUGCUAUCUUUACCAACAUCGUUUCGUUGACUGGUUCAAGCUGACUUUUGGAGAUCCCAAGCUGAGGAGUUAUUGUGUCGAAGCAUUCAGAGAAGCCUUGAAGGCUAGAGAGAAUAGUACUUUCAGAGUCAACGAUCUCAUUGAUAUCAUAAAUGACUUGAAGAAAACUAAGGAAUUCAAAGAUACCUUCGAAUUUGAAUGAAAAUGUUUCACGCAGAACCUUUAUCGAGCAACAGUGGAGUGCGAGCAGGGAAUACCAUGUUUGAAUCUCCCAAAAAGUGGA